AGAGCGUAGCCUACCUUCUAGAAGGUUGAGUGUGUUGUGUGGGUCUUAUCGUGAGAUUGUGUAUUAUUUAAAGUUAUUUUAAAAUGGCUAAGUUCGAUUUGACGCCUGUAAUGGCACCUUAUUUAGAUGUCCAUUUAGUUUUUCCUUUGAUGGAAUUCAUUUCAGGAAAAGAGAUUUACAAUAAGCAAGAAUUACUCCAAGCGAAAUUGGACAUUUUGAGUAAAACUAACAUGAUAGAUUUUGAUAUUGACAUAAGAAAAAUAUUAUAUCCUGAUGAAGGUGUUCCUGAAUUUUUGAAAGUAAAAAGAGAGAAAGUCAUUACAGAAAUGCAAGAAUUACAAGAUGAAGUGACUUCACUACUUAAAGUUAUCACAGAUGAUAGUAGUGCAGCUUUAGAAACGAUGAAGGACCCAAAAGCUUUAACAGCAUAUUUAGCGAAGGAAAUUGAUUUUAAUAUCGAAAUGAUGGAAAAUAUCUAUAAAAUCGCCAAGUUCAAAUAUGAGUGUGGUAAUUACUCCAGCACAACAGGAUAUCUGUACUUUUAUCUGCUUGUUAUGCCACCUACUGAUAAGAAUUACUUGAGUGUAUUAUGGGGUAAACUGGCUGCUGAAAUUCUCAUACAGAACUGGGAGACAGCUCUGGAGGAUUUGAACAAGUUACGAGAGUUCAUAGAUUCGACGACGUUUAGUUCUUCAUUACAGCUCCUACAACAGAGGACAUGGCUGAUCCAUUGGAGUCUGUUUAUAUUCUUCAAUCACCCCAAAGGAAGGGAUCUUAUCAUAGAUAUGUUUUUAUAUAGGCCACACUACUUGAAUGCUAUUCAAACAAUGUGUCCUCAUAUCUUGAGAUACCUGGCUACAGCCGUAAUUAUUAACAGGUCUCGUAGGAGUGCCCUUAAAGACCUUGUUAAAGUUAUUCAACAGGAAUCUUAUACUUAUCGAGAUCCAAUCACAGAAUUUUUGGAACAUCUUUACGUCAAUUUUGAUUUUGAAGGUGCCCGUCAAAAGCUUCAUGAGUGUCAAAUGGUAGUCUUUUAUGACUUCUUCCUUGUCGCCUGCCUAGAUGAAUUUGUUGAAAAUGCCAGGCUCAUGAUUUUCGAAACUUUCUGCCGGAUUCAUCAGUGCAUCAGUAUAGGAAUGUUGGCGGAAAAACUUAACAUGAAUCCGGAUGAGGCGGAAUGCUGGAUUGUGAACCUGAUCAGAAACGCUCGCCUGGACGCCAAGAUAGACUCUAAACUGGGUCACGUCGUCAUGGGCACCCAACCUCUGUCGCCAUACCAACAGCUGCUGGAGAAGGUUGAUUCACUGUCGGUGAGGUCUGAAGCUCUGCAAGCACUCAUUGAGAGGAAGCUGAAAGCUAAGAAUCAAGAUAUGCGGUGGGGUACUCAAGCCGAACAGUUUAGCUGAACAUCGUCGAAUCCAUAUAAAAGUGUAAAAUAAUAAAUACAUUUUUUUGUAAUAUAAUUAAAUAUUUUCUAUGUG